AUGAAGGGUGCCUUAGAUGAAUACAGGGAGGGAGUGAAGAAAGGAAUUACAGUGAGUGUGCACUUCUUAUCACGAGCAUGGGGUGUGCCGCGAUCCACACUGCAAAGACGCAUCAGCGGAAAGGUGACUGGCAGUGAACAUGUGUCAGGGCGGAAGCCCUACCUUCCAGAGGAGGCGGAAAGGGAGCUUGCUGCCACCCUCAAGACAUUGGCGCAGAGGGGCAGGAAGGGCCGGAUAUUACUGGUUUCAGAACUUUCUAAAGCCAACCCAGAGCUUGGGAUGCGCAAGCCAGAGGUCCUGUCUGCAGCACGGGCUGCUGGACUUAACAAAGAGGUGGUUAGCCAGUGGUUUAACCAGUAUGAGAACCUUUUGGUCGAGCUGGGUAUUGAGGGCACACCGUCACAUAUAUGGAACUGUGACGAGUCUGGGCUUCAGGACCGUUCAGUUCGACAAAGGUUGUUGGACAGGUUGGCCAGCCAUGGAGGCGACGUGUUACGUUCUGAGUGGCUACAGGGAUGCCCGGAGAACACCAGCGUAAGGUGUUCAGACAAUGGCUGGAUUACCUCUGACCUCUUUCUGGAAUGGGGUCAAAUGUUCAUUCAGUCCCUCCCCAGGGAUGACCCCAGGCCCCAUCUUCUCCUCCUUGACGGCCACAGUAGCCACGUCUAUAAUCUGGAAUUUAUUAAGCUACUGAAAAGCAAGAAUGUGCACAUCAUGUGCUACCCUCCCCACACAACCCAUGCGCUGCAACCGGCGGACAAGGCCCUCUUCAAGAGUCUAAAGCACCACUGGGACCAGGAAGGGAGGAAGUGGACAAGGAUGAUGGCUGGGCAGAAGCUGUCAAGGAUGGAGUUCUUUGCGGUGUUCAGCAGGGCUUGGGCAAAGGCUGCCACUAUUGAAAAUGCCCAGGCAGGGUUCCGGGGGACAGGGAUGUUCCCUCUCAAUAAAGAUAUUCUCCCUGAGACUACUUUUGCCCCCAGCAAGACCACCGAAAGAAUGCUACCAUCCACUCUACCAUCCCCGCCCACAAGGCUGCAGUCUCUCCCACCCCCGCCCACUAGACCAUGGUCGCCCCUGCUGACCUUGACCCACUCUGCCCGCCAGCCAUCAGCCCUGCUCUCUGGACCUCAGCCCUCCCACCCGCCAGCCAGACGUCAGUCGCCUGCCGAUCCGCCAGCCAGACCUCAGUCCUCUGCUUCCCUGACACCCCUGCUACCUCGGGAACCACUGCACUUUUUCCCAGAAGAUGAGGUGGUGCUUGAAGAGGUUGUGUUGGAGGAUGUACCGGAAGAAGAUAAUGACCUCUUCAAUCAGUUCACACCACAGGAAGAAACCCACUCCCAGGAUGAGGGACCUUCAACCUCCACAUCUGUGAGAUCGGUCACAUUCAAUGACUUGAUCUGA